AUGUCUGACAUCAAUGAUUCAAUCAACCCAAGAUGUGAGGAUCCUGACAUCCCAUGGGCUGCUCCAGAUGAUAUGCAAUAUGAUAGAGCAGAAGCAGCGUUGGAGGCUAGCCACAAGGAAUUCGGCCGCCAGGUCUUUCGUGAUCUUUUGGAAAGCCUUGCGAUAGAUAGGCUUGGCAAAACCGAUGCAAGAAUCGUGCCGCCAGUCAUCGGAGGCAGCUACAACGUGAUAUACGGGCUGGCGUUGGAUGAUUCUCCACCUAAGCGUCUCUUGAGAGUACCAAACGCUAAUGUUGCUUUUGCUGAUGAGAAGACCGCUGGAGAGUGUGUCAUUGCCCAGUUUCUGCAAGAUCGGACAUCAAUCCCGACUGCAUCGGUCCUUCAUUAUGGUCUAUCGCACCAGACCCCAGAAGUUGGGCCACAUAUCAUCAUGAAACGCAUUGAACAUUUCUGGAGUAUGUCUUCAAGACUGAACAAGCGAUACAAAACCCGAGGAGCUCGACAUAUCCUGGAUAAUCAAAUACCUAGGGAUGAACUCAAAGCAUUGGAUAUGCAAAUGGCACAUUACCUUCUUCAGUUGCUGCCUCACCGCUUCCCUCGUAUUGGCACACUGGCUCGCCUCAAACACAACACAUAUGUCGUCCAAACAAGGCCGUUGACAAUUCACAUGCAGCAAAUGAUUGAGCUGUCAAACAUUCCACGAUCAGCAUUACCGCGCAAAGAUGAAACAUACUCCACAGCAGACGAAUGGUAUACAGCCUGCUCCAGAAUGCAUAUAGCGCCGCUGCUCUUCCAACAAAAUGACUUUAUUAUCACGGCCAACGAUUGCAGAAACAAGUAUGUUUCUCGUCUGAUAUUUCACCGAUUAGCCAAGGAAGGCAAGCUGUCACAAUUUGGAUUCGAAGAGGACUCUUGCGGCUCGGAAGACUUCGUUCUUUGGUGUGACGACCUUCGCCCAGGUAACGUGCUUCUAAGCGAAGGGGACGAGGUCGUUGGCAUCGUUGACUGGGAGUUCACUUACGUUGGGCCAACACAAUUUGCUCUUGAUCCGCCCUGGUGGCUUUGUCUGGACAAUCCCCAUAACUACGAUGACGGAGGGCUCGAGUGCUUCACAAAAGUUUAUGAGAAACGCGUCAAGACAUGGCUCGAGGCCGUCGAGGAGGUAGAGAAGAAAGUCGACCCUGUAUCUUUACGCCUCCCUCACGGCAUGGCUCUCUCAAGGUAUAUGCGCGAGAGCUGGGAAACGGGGCGUUUCUGGCUGAGUUAUGCUAUACGGAAGACUUGGGCAUUUGACCAGAUCUAUUGGAAGUAUUUGGACGAGAGGUUCUUUGGGAAACGGCCAGACGGUCUGCCAAGGGCACAGCUGUGGACUACUCGACUCCAUUUGUUGAACGAUAGGGAAAGAGACCAGAUGGAAUCCUUCGUGCAGAAGCGAAUGGAAGAGACCAAAGUGAGGAAAUUAAUUGAUCACUGGGAUCCAAAAGACGUGCAGAGGAGGUUUGAUGAAAUCCUAGGGGAAGACGGUGCAUAA